CAUGAAUUGAAGCUUGGACACACACAUAAUCUGCAGCACCAUGACGAUUAGACAACCCCAAACGAAUUUAAAACUCACUGAGCCCUCAGGGCUGGACUGUGGCCGCACCACAGCUUGGACCAACACUAAGAAUUUGGCCACAUACAGGAACUUCAAGUCUGGAUUGCUCCAGGAACGGGUGCUGAACACGUAUUGGCUGAUGCACACUAACCAGACAGUGGAAUUCGUUAAGAAGAAGAUUAAGCAUGUCAGCCUGUCCAGCUCGUUUUAUGGGAUGUAUGAACCUAACUGUGGGCUGGACAAAGUACUGAUGUCAUGGGGACAUGAUGAAUAUCUGUACAAUGUACUGAAAACUAAUGGGUGCAAACUUCCUGAAGAGGGACUGUACAUGAUCCGCUUCCAUUCAUUCUACCCCUGGCACACGGAGGGAGAUUACACGCAUCUCUGUAACAGCAAAGACCUGCAAAUGCUUCCAUGGGUUAAAGAAUUUAACAAGUUUGAUCUGUACACCAAGUGUGAUGACUUGCCUGAUAUGAAGACGUUGCAGGCCUACUAUCAGCAACUAAUUGAUAAGUAUUGUCCAGGAAAACUGCACUGGUAACCAGCAGAACAUAUUCAACCUCAAAUCAAUGCUCUAAUCUUGGAUCAACAGCUUCAGAACCGAAACAAUUUUAAAGGUUGGUUAAAAUGAUGACUUUCCCUCAAAAUGGCUGCUUACCCUGAAUUAAACACUAUGUGGAGUUGGAUUCCAACUUUAGACCAGGAUCCAUUGGGUUAAUCUGACUGUGACUUCCACGGAUCGGACACAUCCUAUUGACCUAUAUGUUUUCAUUUUAAAUAAUUGUUCUCUGCAUCCAUAAUUCACCUUGUGGAGGGUUCCAUUGCUGUUGUAAUAGGGAAUGAAUCACAUCCAGUUACUGUUUUUCACAACAUCACUGCUCCACUUGCUAUCAAAUCUUACACAUGCUUUUGGAUGAGUUUGAGUCCUUGAAGCUAAAUAUAUUUUAUAUUAGUAAUAGUGAUUUUUAAAAAAAACAUCUGGAUUUAGUGAGUUACAGUGGAGUAGUUGGAUAAACUGAGGGAACAUACACCACUUUGUCUCACACAAAUACCUAGUUUUAAACAACUUAGGUGAGGAAGGUACUCCCGUCAUCGCUGCAUCAGCUGUUCAGGCAGUGGGUCUACAGCUCAGUCUGUGACUGCUAGAGCCCAGGAAACACAAACUCAAGAUAGAAAUAAACAGCUGAGUGAAGGCUGCAAGGAGGUUUCCUGGUUUCCUUCAGUGUAAUAACGAGGAGUUAGCCAGGGUACAAUGCAAACAGUUAGGGAACAAGCUUUAGAAUAAUCAACUGCAGUUGGGGAAGUAGAGAAUAGGCCAAUACAGAGCAGGACGGUUGCAGGAAGUUUGCUAAAACAGCAGUUCCAGUUUGAAAGAACAACCUUUACUGUCCUGUUGUUUCUAUGGGUAUUGCAACAACUAUUGUUAAUUAAUAAAUACAACAGCACUGAAAUUAGGGUCACUUGCAGUUACUAAUUUUAGUGACUUCACUAAAGUUUUGAUUGCUAUUCAAAGCUUCCCGACAAAUAAAAUGCUGUACCAUUCCUUCA